GUUUUAUCUUCAUUCUCGUACAGCAAUAAUGGGCAAGUUGUACGGUAUUGUGUUGUUCCUAUUGGCAGCUGAUUAUGUAUCGCCUCUAAACCAGUAUGUGUUCGAAUUUGGACAAAAUACUGGGACUGUGAUUUACAAAUACGAUGGUACCAUUCCCCUUUUACAAAUUUCGACCAACAAAGACAUCAUCGUGCCACCUGGAGCGACGGUGACCUACGUGAGAGUGACCGUGAAUGCAGUAUCGCCACCAAAAGUUGACUAUGAUGCGGACACUAAUAGAGUAUCCAUUUCAUACAGUUGGACACAAAUAACAAUGUCGACUUACUCGAUAGUCGUCAAAGGCCAUUAUUAGUCGCUAAAGGCAAAAAUAUGCUUUUCGUUAUUUGGGUCUGUGUAAUCUUUUAUCCUCCAUAGUUCACGGUAAAUAAAACACUUAAAGGAAAA